AUGUGGUACCUGUGGAAAGAAAACUGCAACCAUCUGAAUAAUAAUCACAAGAUGGCUGAGGACGAGAUCAUCCCUCGUGCGAUGGCGUGGUUAGAAGCAUAUAUGGAUGCCCUUGGCCCUCUGGGCACUAUUUCCAUAGGGGGGAACAGGAAUCCGGCGAAUGAAAAUUGGACUCCACCGCCGGAAGUUGUGUUCAAAUUAAAUGCGGACGCAGGGUUUUUGCAGCAAACCGAGACGGGUCUGGGGUGUAUUCUCCGGGACUGGUGGGGAGAGUUCAGAGGGGCUACUGCGAUGAAGGACAAAGGAAAAUGCAGGCCGAUUGAAGCCAAGGCAAGGGCGAUCUGGAUGGGUCUCCGGGAGGCAAAUCGUAGAGUUCUCAGCCCUCUCGUUGUGGAAUCGGAUUGCCUAGUUCUUAUCAAUAAGUUGAAGAAGAAGGAAGGAGAUCGGACUGAGCUUGGUAGUUGGUGCGAAGAGAUUUGGAGGAUGGCAGAUGCUAACGCCUCCUUAUAUGGGAAACAUGUGGAAUGGAGUUUCUCACCUCGGAAGAGUAAUACGAUUGCGCAUUGGCUUGCUCACUCGGUGGGAGUUUGGGAACACCAGGUGGUUUGGGUGGAUGAACCUCCCUUAUCCUUACGUGUUUUGAUUGAGGCCGAGUUGGGCAGGGCUCCACCAGGCCCAUUGUAA